UUGUAUUGAAGUCAAACUGUUCUCGAACAAUGUAAUUUUAUGCAACAUUUGAAAACGAUGAAUUAUCGCUUAAAACAAAAACAAUAAUCGUGGUAGUUAAAUUAUGAGUAAAUGGAUUAACACUACGUUACCUGAUUCGAGAUGAAAAUUCUAGAUCAAGGGUUUUUAUACAUUGACCAACUAAUGGACAUAAUUAUGACGGUUAAAAACACAAAAUGGUUAAUUUUUACACAAAUUAUUGUAAUGAGUUAGUUUGACACAAUGAGAAUAUUUUCAUUUAUCUCUUUUUAUAGUGUCAAACAACAAAUUAAUUUCAAAAUAGGUUACGUCCCAUUGUUCACUUAUACGGCUGUCUUUAAAAUUUGACAGAAAAGGGAAAUUCGGAUUUACUGGCAUAUCGGCAUACAAAUAUUCCUUGGUCAUCUACAACUAGGGCCUAUAUUAAAACUGAUGGCCAAGUUGUCAUAUAUACAGUCAAACCUGCUUAACAGACCAGCUGUAUUUAGCAAGAUCUUUUGUUAUAAAACCAUUGAUUUUAGGUCCCUCUAUAGUGCAUUUCAUAUAGAUUGAACCUGUAUUAAAAGACCACCUGUCUUAUGAUACCACUUUCUUGUUCUCCCUUAAGUGGUCUCUUAAAACAUAUUUCACUGUACAUACAAAAUUCUUAUGAGUUACUGAUACUGAAAACAUCAAACAGCCAAACAAACGGUUACAUACUCUUUAGAUUUUUUUUAACGAGCGAAUGAUCUUAAUUUAGAAACCGUAAUAAUUAAAAGACUGUUCAAAGGUGAUAACAAUACAGAACAUGUCGCUGUGAACUUAGAUAGCGUGCAAGUCAGACAAAAGUAUAUAAAAGAAUAUUUUCUACUUUAGCACCCUAAAGAUUAUUUAUAUUUAUCAGACAAAAAUCCUCUGAGACUGGCUUCCAUUUAACUGAUCAAUUGAUGAAAGUAUUUUACAAAUAAAUUUUAUGCCGGGAACGUCAUUGUUUUACUCAUGACGUUAUGCGCGUGAAAAGCGUAAAUUGCUGUUAAAUAAAAAAAAAAAAUAAAAAAAAUAAAAAAAAAAAAACAAUCUGAUUCGAAGGUUACUGUUUGUAAGGACGUGGAUAAAUUCACCGAAAACGUCAGUACGGUGUUCAAAGUGGUAUAUAUUACAUGUAUAUACUUUCCAGCAAAUCAUUUUCUCAAGAUAAACACUAACGCAAAUUUUAAGAAAAGUUAUGAAUUGCAGAACAAAAUGUGCAGCAGAAAUUUAUGUCCUUCAGAAUCAUUAUAAAAAGGCAUUAGAUUGAAAUCUUGUCGGAAAAUCUGCCCAUUAACCAAACAGGAUAGAGAAAUACAUGGGCAAUUUAGAUUUCCUCUUUGCUGUGGAUUGCAACAUAAAGUUAUUUUAACGUGCGGCUUUAUUUUAAACAAAAAAAGUAUGAAUGCAGAAAUGAUGAAUGUUAUCUCAUUAAUCUAACAUCUUUUUGACAUAAAUUCUGCUGCAAAUAUAUCAUCAUUAUUAUUAUUAUUAUUAUUAUUAGUUGUAGUAGUAGUAGUAGUUUUGUUGGGUUUUAGUCACGACACAAUUCAGGUCAUAUGGUGACUUUCGAGCUUUAAUGGUGGAAGAAGACCCAAGAUGCCCCUCCACCUGGGUAGAACCACUGACCUUCCGUAAGCCAGCUGGAUGGCUUCCUCACAGUGCAGUAACUGUUUGCUGCAAUCACAUAGUGUAGUAACUGUUAGUUGCAACCACCCAUUCCAGUAACUUUAUACUGGAAUCACCCAGUGCAGUGACUGUAUACUGGAAUCACCCAGCGCAGUAACUGUUUGCUGAAACCACACAAUGCAGUAACUGUUUGUGAAACCACAAAGUGCCCUACUUGUUUGCUCGAACCGCACAGUGCAGUAACUGUUUGCUCGAACCACACAGUGCAGUAACUGUUUGCUCGAACCACACAGUGCAGUAACUGUUUGCUCGUACCACAGUGCAGAAAUUGUUUCCUGUAGGAGGACUAUUCCACUUUGCAUAUGCUCAGAAAAUACCAGCUCACUGUGCACACACGCAAAUACAAUAAUUGAAAUAGGACUUAACGAAUGCUUAAUAUAAUGCAAAAAUCUCAAAAUAUAUUUCAGCAAUUGUAAGCAUCUCUCGAUCUUGUCAGUGUUAAACCUUACAGGCUUUUAUUAUUGUUUACAUUACACCAGGAUGUUUCGUCAGUCAGUUCUGUAAGCAGGAAACACGUUUUGUUUUCUUAGAUUGGCAUAUACUAUACAAGGUUUGCAUGCCUUUAAGUUUCACUUUUAUUAUCUACACCACUCAGACUCUGGUAAGAAAAUAACAGGUGUAAGCUUUAAAUUUGCUAAUUCAAAGACACAAAACAGAUUCCCCCCCCCCCCCCCCCCCCAUUUUUUCUAUUUUAGGAAUUUGCUACCAAUUGCAAAAUAAUUUUUGAAUUAUUUGAAAUGACUUGUACAUUAUUUUAUGGUAUAAUGGCGUUAAUAUAUUGGUGAAAUUAUCACCAUAACACAAACCGGCAGUAUAACACCUUUAUCAAACGGCUACAUUUAAGACAAAAGUAAUUUGCCGAUCUGAAAGUUUAUGACCUCAGUUUUUCAGUAAAGAUCCAGAUUCAGUUAUCCAAAUCGUAGAUUUGUUAAUGCUGUAAGAUUAAAAAGUCUACAUAUAGUGUUCUAGUUGUUUGUGCAUAUUGUAUGACACUCACCUUGCACAGAUCAUGUUCAUGAAAGAGUUCCGGCACUAGUAGUUUGUAUAAGCUGAUGGCAAUUUUAAACUUUCCAAUAUUUUCGCAAUAACAUUAAAAGGAUACCGAGUAAAUCCUGUAACUCUGUCAUGACAUCAACAUUCCAUGAAACACUAUAACACUGCUAUGAGGUCAGCAUACUUUGAAACACUAAAACACUGCCAUGAGGUCAACAUACCGUGAAACACUAUAACACUGCCAUGAGGUCAACAUACCGUGAUACACUAUAACAAUGCCAUGAGUUCAACAUACCGUGGAACACUAUAUCACUGCCAUGAGGUAAACAUACCGUGAUACACUAUAACACUUCCAUGAGUUCAGCAUACCGUGAAACACUAUAACUCUGCCAUAACAUCAACAUUCCGAAAACACUAUAACACUGGCUUGAGGUCAACAUACCGCGAAGCGCAAUAUCACCGCAGGGAAGUCAACAAGCCAUAGAACACUGUAACGCUGCCAUACCUUUAAACACUAUAACACUGAACAUUCCACAGACCCCCGUGACACUUUUAUGAGGACACUAUAACACUAUGAUGAGGUCAACAUACCUCGGAUCACAGUAACACUGCCGCGAGGUCAUCAUUCUGUACAAUAUCGUAACAUUUCCAUGAAGUUAAUAUGCCGUGGAACACUUUUACACUGCCAUGAGAAGACCGCUCGCUUAGCUCAGUAGGUAAGAGCGUUGGUCUACGGAUCGCGGGGUCGCGAGUUCGAUCCUCGGGCGGGGCGUAUGUUCUCCGUGACUUUUUGAUAAACGACAUUGUGUCUGAAAUCAUUAGUCCUCCACCUCUGAUUCAUGUGGGGAAGUUGGCAGUUACUUGCGGAGAACAGGUUUGUACUGGUAUAGAAUCCAGGAACACUGGUUAGGUUAACUGGCCACCGUUACAUGACUGAAAUACUGUUGAAAAACGGCGUUAAACCCAAAACAAACAAACAAACAAACAAACAAACAAACAAACACAGCCAUGAGAUCAACAUUUCGUGGAAUACUGUAAUACUGCUCAGAAGGAGAAGUCAACCACUGCCCUGAGGUCAAGAUACAGUGAAUCAUUUUAAUUCUGCCAUGAGGUCGGUAUUCCGUGAACACUGCAACACUGUUGUGAGGUCAACAUUCCAUGAAAAACUGUAACACUAUCAUUAGGUCAACAUACCUCAGACCAAAUAUUAGACCUGUUGCACAUUAUAAAAUCGAAAAGAAUAAUAGAAUGCAACAUCUGUUCGACUGAGUACGGUCAUGAAAGGUAAUAAAAACUUCAAUACCCUCACGCCCUCCUAGCACCAGAUUAAGAGGAUGGCAUUGAAUGGACUCCAUAAUUCCAAAGCACCUGAAGUAAUAAUAACACGAAGUAUUGGAAUACUUUAUACGGCGUUAGUUUUGGGAUGUAGGUAAUAGUUACUAUGUAUUUCAUGAAAAUGUUUCCAAGAAGGAUCUUGGUAAAAACAUAUUUCUUUUUUCAAAUGUUAUUAUACAAAGUGGCUUGAAAUAAGUCCAAAACCAAGCUUAAACCGUUGUGUUAUUUCUUUCAUGUAAUUGCUGGGUUACCCCGUCGCAUCACAAAAGUAACUUCCGUACCAUUUCCGAUAUAACAAGUAAGGAUUUUAAUAUUACUUAUAUAUAAAUAUAUCAAAGCGUUAGCAUUCAUAAACCAACCAGAAAAUUAACAAAAAUUACGAUUUGCAUGUGCUUACUGUAAGUCGUUUACACAUCAUGUGAUGUUAGUUCCGGGAACUUUGCAUGUGGGAAUAUAAAGGCGGUAUCUUUCAUAAUUUGUUACGCAUGUGAAGAAGCAGAAUGUAUCCAGUAACGAUGUUUCGUACUCUUACAUUACUGUUUCUUACUUUAACUCAUAAAACACAGUCUUCUCAUGUUUUCCAAUCGGAGAAACGUUUGAAUGGAACGAAAGUUGUGUCAGGAUACAUAUGCGUUUCGGAAGACAUAGACAAUAUUCAAGAGAUACUAGGAAAUAGUAUGAAUUGCUCGUCGGAAGUCUCGAUGGUACAGAAAAAGGACUUUGAAUCAAGUAUAUCUAAUAGGAAAAUAGAUGAUGCGCUGGAAACUGUAAAGAAAGCAAUAUCAGAAGAAAAGCAACAUAUCAGGACUGCUCUAAAUCAAAUGGGGACGGAAAUAGAAGGUAUUCAAAACGCAUUCACGGAUACGGAAAAUAGACUUUUCAAAGAACUUCAUGUUCAUGAUAUUGAUUUCAAGAAAUUGCAGAACGAUGUUGUCUUUCAAGGGGCACAGCUGCAGAAAAUUAAAGAAGAAUUAGAAAUGAAAGAAAAAGCAAUAGAUAUGUACCAGCGGCUUAAUGUUGAGUUAGAGAAGCAAAUUACAUCCUUGAGGAAAAAACUUCAUCAGGAAAAAGACAACUGGGACUUCAAAGUCAAAACACUGGAAAAGAAAUUAGAACUUGUGGCCACACGCCAAUGUUCGGAUAGCUCAUGGACAAGUUUUGGAACAUCAUGUUACCAUGUUGGGAAUGACGCAUUAACCUGGGAGGAAGCAAAAACGAAGUGCGAAUCGUAUGAUGGGAUACUUGCAGAAGUGGAGAAUGACUCUGAAAAUACUUUCUUGAUGGAACUGGCAAAACAGAAAGAUACACGUGGUAAGGGGGCAUGGCUAGGUGCUAGCGACCUGGAAACAGAAGGAUUAUGGAUCUGGAGUUCAAGUAAAAGGCAAAUUUUUGACGUGUUCUCAAAUUUCAAAGGAAAGGAACCAAAUGGAAGGGCCCGCGAAAAUUGUCUUCAUUUAAAAAAAUCGAAAUGGGAAUGGAACGAUGAAAAAUGUCAUAACAAAAUGGGAUAUAUUUGUGAAAGAGGGAAUAUAUAACGAUCUGCGUAUUGUAUUGACGUCAGACUGUUUUCGAACAAUGUAAUUUUUAUGCAACAUUUGAAAACGAAGAAUUAAAACAAUGAUCGUGGUAGCUUAGAUAUGUAAAGUGUAAAAUGUUUGUUUAUUAUAGUGUCACUCCUACUGAAAGGGCUAGCCAAUUUGGCUGAUGAGGCAUCUACAUACAUUGAACAGCAUUACUUCCCGAUCCCUAUUUUUAAUGCCAGGCACCAGGCAGGUAGGCAAUCGGUAAUCCGGGGCAGGUACCUUAUCCAUUAGGUCACCGCAGCUCGACACAAAUUUUGCCAUAAAUUAUUGUAAUGAGUUUGUUUGAUACAAUGAGUUUUCCUUUUUAUUUAUCUCUUUUUAUAGUAUGGAACAUCAAAUUAAUUUCAAAAUAGGUUACGUCCCAUUGUUCACUUAUACGGAUGUCUUUAAAAUUUGACAGGAACGGGAAAACUCGGACAAAGAUAUUAUAUGGAUAUACAAAAUUCUUAAGGGAGACUAAUACUGAAAACAUUCAACAUCCAAACAAACGGUCGAAUACCCUUUCUUUGUCUAACAGGGAGAUGACCGUAAUGAUUAAAGGACUGUUCAAAAGUGAGAACAAUACAGAAAAUGUCGUUUUGAAUUUAAAUAACGUGCAAGUCAGACAUAAGUAGGAACUUCUUUUUGAUUGCGACUAGAUACUAUUUUUUUCCAUUUUAUAUGGUAAUGUUUUCGGAGAGAAAAUCACAGUCCAAGUCAAUUACUUAGAGGAAAGGUAUUGCUAAUGUUUCUGAAGGAAACAUAUUUUAAACACUUGAUAUCACAUCUGUUGCAAUUUACAGGGUUUAAUUUUGAACAAUGUUCAAACGGGAAACUAGCUAGUUAAUGUACCUGCUUGCAUAUGUCUAAGAAAAACUUAGAUUUGGAAAGGAAUUUAUAUAAGCUACUAGCUUUUUUUCCAGUCCAUGCAUUUGAACUGUGAAACUUUGUUGUACAUAUUAUAUGUAUGUUGUUUCAAAAUAAAUAUUAUUUAGACUAAAACCUA